GGUGCCGGCGGCUGCAACAACUUGUACUUCAGGUUGAGUGGCAGGAGGUGGUGAACGCGGUUGGCAGAGGCAAAGUCGCGGCUGGAGGAUAAUGAUGUAUGGAGCGAUGGGACCCUUGCACAUUAGCAGUCGCGAGCGGGUUCUCAAGUUGGGCGAGAGUUUCGAGAAGCGACCGCGUUGCGCGUUCCACACUGUGCGCUAUGAUUUCAAACCUGCUUCUAUUGAUACAUCUUGUGAAGGAGACCUUGAAGUUGGCAAAGGUGAACAGGUGACAAUAACCCUGCCAAAUAUAGAAGGUUCAACUCCACCAGUAACAGUUUUCAAAGGUUCAAAAAAACCUUACUUAAAAGAAUGCAUUUUGAUUAUUAACCAUGAUACUGGAGAAUGUCGACUAGAAAAACUCAGCAGCAACAUCACUGUAAAGAAAACAAGAGUCGAAGGAAGCAGUAAAAUUCAGUAUCGUUUAGAGCAACAGCAGCAACAAAUGCGGAAUUCAGCUAAGACUCCCAAUCUUGUAAAACAUUCUCCAUCCAAAGAGAAAAUGUCCCCAGCAUCUCCAAUGGAUGAUAUUGAAAGAGAACUGAUGGCAGAAGCCAGUAUAAUGGACCAGAUGAGCAGUUGUGAUAGUUCAUCAGAUUCCAAAAGUUCAUCAUCUUCGAGUAGUGAGGAUAGUUCUAGUGACUCAGAAGAUGAUGAGUGCAGAUCUUCUCCUUCUGAUCCAGAGAAUUAUAAUUCAGGACAUCAUACUAUGUCUCCCAUAUCACAAUGCAAGAUUCCUGAUAUGGAUGCCAGCCAUAAUAGAUUUCAUGCCAACAGUAUUCUGAUGAAUACUUUAAGAAAUGAUUUGCAACUGAGUGAAUCAGGAAGUGACAGUGAUGACUGAAGAAACAUUUAGCUGUAAAAUAUAAAAUUUACAAGCAUGUGAUCAUUUAUUUUGUAUCAAGAAUAAAAAUUUCCUAAGACUGAGGAAAAUGUAUCCUAACUUUUGAUGAUGAAAAAAAUUAAUUAUCAUUCAGAAUUUUCAGUUGGUAUUAGAUUUUAACCUUUUAUUGAGUGCCAGCAUUUUCAUUGUGUACCUUCAUUUAAUCUUAAUAUAACCUUUAUGAAGGAUAGAUAUUAUUUCCAUUUGACAGAUGAGAAAAGAGACUCAAAAUUUAGGUAACUUGCCCACAAAUUCUUAGUUAACAGCUAGAGUCCAAGUUCAGUGCUCUCUUUUACCACACUGUUGUGUCCAAUUUUGAAAUGUCAAAAUUAUUGUUUUAUAAUAAAUAUCCUUGGUUUUAACUAUA